CAACCGGCACUUCCACGUUGGACAGUCUUCGUUGCAUGAAUUUUGACGCGAUUCGUCUGCAUCUGAGCAGGUGAUUCAGCCUCCAAGAGACAGUUUGCACUGUCAUGUUGACAAAAUUUGAAACAAAGUCAGCCAGGGUGAAAGGUUUAUCCUUUCACCCUAAGCGACCAUGGGUUCUUGCUAGCCUUCACAAUGGUACCAUUCAGCUCUGGGACUAUCGCAUGUGUACACUGAUUGAUAAAUUUGAUGAGCAUGAUGGCCCAGUUCGAGGCAUUUGUUUUCAUAACCAACAGCCCCUGUUUGUGUCUGGUGGGGAUGACUACAAAAUAAAGGUCUGGAACUACAAACAGAGAAGGUGUCUCUUCACCCUUCUGGGCCAUCUGGAUUACAUCAGGACGACAACGUUCCAUCAUGAAUACCCCUGGAUCCUGAGUGCCUCCGAUGACCAGACUAUCCGCAUAUGGAACUGGCAGUCCAGAACAUGCAUAUGUGUGCUGACUGGUCACAGCCAUUAUGUGAUGUGUGCUCAGUUCCACCCCAGUGAAGACCUCAUAGUCUCUGCCUCCCUCGACCAGACGGUCAGAGUCUGGGAUAUUUCUGGAUUGAGGAAAAAGAAUGUAGCACCAGGCCCAUCCAGCCUGGAGGACAGGAUUAAGAACAGUACCCAGACAGACCUAUUUGGGUCAUCUGAUGCCGUCGUGAAGCACGUGUUAGAGGGCCAUGACAGGGGAGUGAACUGGGCAGCCUUUCACCCCACACUGCCCCUCAUCGUGUCUGGAGCUGAUGACAGACAGAUUAAGAUGUGGAGAAUGAAUGAGUCUAAGGCUUGGGAGGUGGAUACCUGCCGUGGUCACUACAACAAUGUGUCAUGUGUGGCCUUCCAUCCUAGACAGGAGCUGAUCCUGAGUAACUCUGAGGACAAGAGUAUCCGUGUCUGGGACAUGAGCAAAAGAACUGGGGUGCAGACAUUCAGAAGAGACCAUGAUAGAUUUUGGGUACUGGGGGCUCACCCGACUCUGAAUUUGUUUGCUGCAGGGCAUGACAAUGGAAUGAUGAUAUUUAAACUGGAGCGUGAACGCCCUGCCUAUGCUGUUCACAACAACACUCUGUACUAUGUCAAGGAGAGGUACCUGAGAAAACUGGACUUCACAACGUCCAAAGAUGUGGCUGUCAUGCAGCUCAGAGGUGGAUCCCGUAGCCCGGUGUACAGCAUGUCCUACAACCCAGCUGAGAAUGCUGUACUACUGUGCACUAGGACCAGUAACCUGGAGAACAGCACCUAUGACCUCUACUCCAUCCCUAAGGACUCAGACUCCCAGAACCCCGAUGCCCCUGAGGGUAAGCGCUCCUCUGGAUUGACCGCUGUGUGGGUGGCCAGGAAUAGGUUUGCUGUCCUAGACAGGACACAUUCAAUUGUGGUGAAGGGUAUCAAAAAUGAGAUCACAAAGAAGGUUCAGGCUCCUAACUGUGAGGACAUUUUCUAUGCUGGCACUGGUUGUCUGCUCCUGAAAGACGCAGAUGGUGUGACACUGUUUGAUGUGCAACAGAAGAGGACAUUAGCCAGUGUGAAGAUCUCCAAGGUGAAAGCUGUGAUUUGGUCCAAUGAGAUGAGCCAUGUUGCUCUCAUCAGCAAACAUGUGAUUUCUAUCUGUAAUCGUAAGCUGGAGAACUUAUGUACCAUCCACGAGAACAUUCGUGUGAAGAGCGGGGCGUGGGAUGAGAGUGGUGUUCUCGUGUACACCACUAGUAACCACAUUAAGUACGCUCUGACCAACGGUGACCAUGGCAUCAUCCGUACCCUGGACUUGCCAAUCUACAUCACCCGUAUCAAGGGGAACAGUGUGUACUGCCUGGACAGGGAGUGUCGCCCACGGGUACUGGGCAUUGACCCAACAGAGUUCAAGUUCAAACUCGCCCUGGUCAACCGCAAGUAUGACGAGGUGUUACACAUGGUGCGUAAUGCCAAGCUGGUGGGUCAGUCCAUCAUAGCCUACCUACAGAAAAAAGGCUACCCAGAGGUGGCUCUUCACUUUGUCAAGGAUGAGAAAACUAGGUUUGCUCUGGCUCUGGAAUGUGGUAACAUUGAUAUUGCCCUUGAGGCUGCCCGAGCAUUGGAUGACCAGUCCUGCUGGGAGAAGCUCGGGGAAGCUGCCCUCCUACAGGGCAACCAUCAGAUUGUGGAGAUGGCCUACCAGAGGACCAAGAACUUUGACAAGCUCUCCUUCCUCUACCUCAUCACUGGUAACCUGGAGAAGCUGAGGAAAAUGAUGAAAAUAUCUGAAAUCAGGAAGGAUGUCAGUGGUCAUUUUCAGAACGCUCUUUACCUGGGAGAUGCCAGUGAGAGAGUCAAGAUUCUCAAAAACUGUGGCCAAAAAUCACUGGCUUACCUGACAGCUGCCACCCACGGCCUGGAGGAGGAGGCAGAGCAGCUGAAGGAGGGGUUUGAGGAGGGAGAGCCAAUACCUGACCUCUACCCUAAUGCUCAGCUCCUCCAGCCUCCAGUCCCCAUCAUGCAGCAGGAGUCUAAUUGGCCACUGCUCACAGUCACCAAGGGAUUCUUUGAGGGAGCCAUGACAAACAAAGGUAAAGGCACAGCAUCAGCCAUGGCAGCUGUGGACACGGCAGAUGAAGGUGCAGGAGAAGGCUGGGGAGAAGACGCUGACCUUGGAUUGGAUGACGAUGGAUUUGGGAUGCCCUCAGAAGGGUUUGAUGAUGAGGCACUGGAGGGUGGAGAGGAUGGAGGCUGGGAUGUUGGGGAUGAUGAUUUGGAGUUACCACCUGAUCUGGAUGUUGGUCCAGCAGCAGGAGGGGGGAGCGGAGAUGAAGGUUACUUCGUACCUCCCACCAAGGGAACCUCACAGGCACAGGUGUGGUGUAACAACUCCAGGUUACCUGUCGAUCAUGUACUGGCUGGGUCUUUUGAAACAGCCAUGCGACUGUUACAUGAACAAGUCGGUGUGGUCAGUUUUGAGGCUUACAAACAGCUGUUUCUGCAAACCUUUAGCCGAGCCAGAACAUCAUACAUUGGCUUGCCAUCAUUACCUCCCUUGUUUGGAACUCCACAUAGAAACUGGAAAGAGGCAGGUGCUAGAGCAGGACUACCAGCUGUGGGCCUCAAGCUGGCUGACUUGGUCCAGAGGUUACAGGCAGCUUACCAGCUGACCACAGGAGGGAAGUUUGCUGAUGCUGUGGAGAAGUUUAGGACUAUCUUACUGGCUGUACCGUUACUAGUGGUUGACACGAAACAAGAAAUAGCAGAAGCUCAGCAACUGAUUGAAAUCUGUAGAGAGUAUAUUGUUGGUUUGAGUAUGGAAGUGAAAAGAAAGGACAUGCCCAAGUCCAACCUUCAGGAACAGAAGAGGUUAUGUGAGAUGGCAGCCUAUUUCACCCAUUGUAACCUACAACCAGUACAUCUUAUCCUCACCCUUAGGACAGCCCUAAAUCUCUUCUUCAAAUUAAAGAACUUCAAAACAGCUGCAAGCUUUGCACGGAGGUUACUGGAGCUGGGGCCUAAACCAGAAGUUGCUCAGCAGACAAGAAAAAUCUUAGCUGCAUGUGAGAAGAACCCAGUGGAUGAACAUGAGCUCAAAUAUGACCAACACAACCCCUUUGAUAUCUGUGCUGCCACUUAUGUACCCAUUUACAGAGGAAAGCCAGUGGUUAAGUGUCCGUUGAGUGGAGCCUGUUACUUACCCGAGUUCAAAGGCCAGGUGUGUCGUGUCACACAGGUGACAGAAAUUGGCAAGGAUUGUAUCGGCCUGAGGAUAAGCCAGCUGCAGUUCCGAUAAGCAGCUUAAGUCCCCUGACCAGAGUCAACAUUUUCCAUCAUUGUGUGACAUUCACUCAUAGACUAACAGAAUUCUGCUUAAGAAAAGUUAUCAACAAAACAGCAGUCAGACAUGGGAUAAGCUGUCCAUCUUCUUUGUAUUAAUACCACAAUUCACCUUGCAUAUUGAUCUUUUCUGCCACUUAUGACUCGUUAAGAAAACUAUUAUACUUUUGCCUGGGACAGAAAUAUGAGUGGAAGGAAAACUACGCAUCCAAUAAAAUUGCUUCAGUGAUCUUAUUGUGCUUACCAUGGUACAGGGUUACCUACACUGUUACUGCACUGUGUCAGAAUGAUCAGGUCUGUGUGAUUAUUACAUUAUUUCUGAUUUUGUCAAGCUGCGAUGGCUACAUAACCUGUGAAAUUGUAUUCUGAUUGAUGUUCUAUGACUUCAGAGAUAGUAAUGUGUAUAUGUUUAUAAAUACUAGAUCUAUUAAAUAUUACAUACAUCGCCAGUUGUGUGUUUGUUUUAUUACUACAUUUACGUCGUUCUUGUUGAAUAAAAUAGCAGUUUCUGUUUGGUCUACCAGCGAAACUGAACCCUGGAUAAAUUUAUGAUCUUUACAUGCUUGUUGGGAGUAUGGAUGUGCAGUUUAUGACCAAAUCACAAACUCUCUCAGUUCUCACAGCCCUGUUCAUUACUUGGUACCUGUUUGCAGUUUCUUCACUUUAUGGGUGGGGGAAACUGGAGCGUGCAGAGUGAACUGCUAC